AUGCCUUCUCAUCAAUUUAUUGCCCAAAGUUGUUAUUCAGCAGUAAUGGCAGCAACUUUGCUUUUUACACUUAUUUCAAUGUUAACUCCUGGUUGGCAUUCAAUAAUUAAAGGAAACCAAAUUGGAGAAUAUGAUAAUUCGAAAACAAUUAAUUCUGGUAUUUUUAUUUGUGAGACCGAAGGAAUGUCUGAAUGUAUGGCGAAACGAAGCACUGUAGAUACUUUAAUUGGUGUUUUCUUAAUUAUGGCUGUUUUACUUGAAUUAAUUGCUUUGGGAUGGGCAAUUGCUUCUUUUAUUUUUGCUGAUAAAGGGGAAGGGGCAUCGAAAGGAAAAUUAAUUUUAUUUGCUCCUUUACUUGUCUUCUCUUUUUUAAUUUGUGGAUUGUUUUUACUUAUUAUUCUUUUGUUUUCGCUUAAACAAAAUGGACAAAUUGGAUUUGGUAAAUUUUUUAAAAAAAUAUUACCUAGCAAAGGAACAUUUCGAACUGUCAUCAAAAAUUUUUAUACUUUUUUGCACUAUCUGUUGUCCAAUAACUAA